CUCAUCAUCUACAACACACAGAGAAACGGGUAAAUACACGCAGAAGACCUCAUCGGGAAGAACAGGCUGGGAAAAGCCUUGCGGGAGCGGAAAGAAAACAAAGCAUCUACCGGGGGUUGAAAAAGAAAAAAAAGGAAGAACAAGAAAGAGAAAGUGACAUACGGAAGCCGGAAUCCUACUGCUCUCUUCUUCUCUGCCGCCAAGAUCUGGCCGUUACCACCCUCCCUUCAUCGUCGGCGAGGAAUUGGACAGUCGGAAAGAUCUCGUAUUUGGAGUUAUAUCUUUGUACAAAGUCUCGGCAGCGAUUUUUAUUUUCUGCUCUUCGGUUUUUGUGAAAAGAAGCGCGACGAGAGGAGUUUGUUGAUGAUUGAUACAAUUAUUAUUUAAUCUCUGCUUUUGGCACAUCGGUGCAUCGGCUGAGGACUAGGCGAUUUUGCGGCGAUUUAUGUGAAGAAGAAGAUUAAAGAAGAAGCAGGUAUUGAAUACCCUAGCUAUUGAUUGAUUUUACACUCGUUUUUGUUUUUGUGCUCGAUGUUUUGCUGUAUUGCUUCGUCAGAGAAGAAAUUGGUUUUACAUGGACGUGGAUUGCGGCGACAACUGCUAGAUCUGUUGUUUCUGGAGAGAAAUGUGUGUAGGGUUUACCUAGCUGCUCCGAGAUUGAAGAUCGGGACAAGAACAGGAACCUGACAAAAGAACCAAGGCCUGUUUACCUUUAUAGAUGCGUAUUCUAUCUGCCUAAGGACCCGCAACUCUAUGGAAACACGCAAUUUGAUUUAAUUGGCACCUCUGUGUUGCACCGCAGUCUGCAACGAUUUGUUUGUUGGCGUCGCUGGGGCUGUGCAUCGACUUGUUUUAUUGUGAUUUUGAGAUUUUUAACAAGGAAAAAUGCUGCGGAGGUAGUUAGGUUUUUUUUUUUUUCAAAAAGAUCCCCUUUGAUUUUUGGGCUAAUAAUUUGGCUUUUGGUGGAUUCUUUUGCUAGAGAUAUACGCAAGCACCUGUAGAAGUUCUGGUAGAGCUAAGUUCCCUGCAUGAAAAUAGAGUUGAAUCUAAGGUUGGUCAGGACAAAUGAUGAUGCUGAAUUGAUAACUGCCAGAUUUUAGUUUGACCUGCCCGAUCGGAUCUUUCUUUCUUCUUCUAAUAGAAGAAGAAUGGCAUUUUUGGGGGUUUUUAAUCUAUUUAGGUUGGAUGUCUGGUGGAUCUGAAAUAUGUGCACAUACUUGCUGAUAUGCAGACAGAUCCAAUGCAUUGUUUGCUGUAAGGGCAAUCAGGCUUAUGCUGUCCAUGUCUAUUGAGUCCAGGCAUAUUCUCGAAGUCAGUUCUGUUUGAAGGAAUGUAGACUUAAAUAAAUGCAGAGAAACUACAAUUAGUUAGAGUUGGUGAGAUUAAAGCCAUGUCAUGUCGUGGUGUUGACUUGCUGCUCUUGUCCCUAUGGUUUUGUAGUUCUUGUGAUCACUCUAAGAUUGAUAAAUUGCUGCUUUUAAUUUGGGAUCUAUAUCAAGUUAGUUCUUAUUUAUCAAGUUGUUAGCAGUUUUGUUGGGUUUCCUUCCAAGCAGUGGAUUGCUGCUUUGGGGAUUGGAAUGAUGAUGAAAGUUCUUUUAUCUCCCCUGCGGGUGGCAUUCCAUGAGAUAACAGAUUAGUGUUCUUCUUAAGUUGGCAAGAAGCAGCGUGUUCUUCCAAAGCUGGCAAGAAGCGGCGGUUUUCUGAUUUCUAUCAAACUGAAAUAUGUGUUUUUAAUGAUCGUCGAUGUUAUUGAAUAAAAUCUUCUCGUAUUUAUGUGCCUCGAAUUAAACAAACUGUGACUUCAAAGAUUAGCACAAGUUACCUUGAAAAUAUUUAAUUAAUUUUAUGGAAUUUUGUUGCAAGUCUCCUACUUAUUGUGACUGCUGCUCCCAUAGGUGGUUCCUCGUUGAGGCGCAUGAGCUUUCUGGUCUUUCAGCAAUUAUUCAUAUAUUUUGUAUUGGUGGCUUUCUAUACUUGCAGUGCUCUAUUUUUUGAAUUCUGAUGUAUUUGUUUAAACUCAACAGGAGUCCAAUAUAUUGAUAUUUUAGAAGUUGGGUUCUGCUGGAGAAGUUUGAUAUCUGGAUGAGACCAAUGUUGGAUGGUAACUGAUGACACGCAUUUGUACUUGCCCAGGAAGUUUAGCCUCUUCAUUGGAAUCUAGUAUAAAAAGAAACCAGCUAGCAGGGGCUUCCUGCAAGUCUUGUGGUGGUAGAUUCUUAGUUGAUGGAAUAGGACCCUUAUCUAGAAGCAUGCUUGGAACUGUGGGUCUGGAAGUUACAAAUUCAAUCAAUUGUGAGUUGAGUUGGAAAACUGUGAAGGGGAAGCGCUCUAGAAAGUCUGUGGCACGAAACAAUGGGCGUGUAACCUUGGGCAAUAAGAGUCCUAAAAGGGUUGGAGAUUUUUCUGGAUCUGACUCUGACAAAUUUGGCGAACCUGGUACUGGGCAAUGCUUUCCUGACAAAGCAGAGUACGUGCCGAUUAAGAAAAGGAGAUACUAUCUACGAUCACCAUCUCCAUCAUUGCGGACCUCUUUAUACAGUGGUCAGUCAGUAUCACCUCAAUUGCGCACUCCAUCUUCACAUUCAGAUGACCUUGAACAUCUUUCAGACCACAAUGGUUCGUCAGGCUCUUAUACAAACAGGCGAGGGUUUGUUGCAGCUCGAGUUGGUAAUGGGGUUAAUGAAGGAGUUGUGACUGAUAAAGUUCCUGAGGAGACAAGUGGAGAGCUUUAUAAUUCAGAUAACUUCUCUGGUAUUGCUCUUCUUGCAGCUGCUGCCUGCAAUAACAACAUAGAUGACGAUCCUUAUGAAGGUAAGGGGGAUGCAGUUGAAAUUUCCUCACUUCCACAGAGAUCUGAUGCUUCUACUUCCUCUUUGCCAGUGAGAGAAUGUAUCCCUUGUUCAGAGUCAGGGAAACAAAUGGACAAAGAUGCUUCACUACUGGAUAAUAAGGAGGGAUGCUCAUUAGUUGUGGAAAGUUCUCAUGGUGCUCCUUCUAGUUCAGAGGAAAAUGAGGAAGGCAAAUCUGCUAGUUCGAAGAUUGAUAGACGGCAUUGGGACCUCAAUACUUUGAUGGAUGCAUGGGAGCAACCUAACGAGGAUACUUCCGCUCAGUACAAGUGUGAUGAUACUUGUAUUGAUGGUAUGCCCAUGGAGAAACUUGACAGAGAAGGUUGUGUAAUUCAAAGGGACUGUAUAAGUAAUGGAAGUGGCUCUGAAAGUUGUCUGCCUCUGGACCACAUUGAAAGUGCUACUCAGUCUUCUACUGCAAAAAUGAAGGAAAAUGGGUCAGAAGAAUUUUGUCAAACUAGUUAUAGUAGCCUCAGUGGACAUUCAAUGGAACCUGUAAAGUAUUCUCUUGCUGAUGAAAAGGUUUCUAGUCAUGUUCUCGGUAGCAACGGAUCUUUUACUAAUUGUCCAUUGUCUGAAUCAUGUCAUUCAUCAGAAGUUUCUGGUGGAAACUUAGACAUAAAAUCUUGUCCUGUGUCUACUAUGAUUCCAGGUGCUGACAGUUGUAGAGAUGCAUCUUCAUUAGCGACUACUUCUGAACAAAAUGUAGUUAUACCUGAUGCUUCGGAUUUGGAAAAGUUUGGGGGUGAGAAUGAUGGUCAACUGAGAGAUCCGGAAGACUCUGAAAAGAAAACUGAAUUGCCUGAUAACAGGAUUGCCCUCGGGCUGGAAAAGUGUAUAGGCACCUGUAAAACUUUGGAUGCUGAAAAUUUGGAAAGUAUUUCCGGGGAGAACACACUUCCAUCAUCCAAGUGUGAAGGUUUAUCUAUCUCAGACAUCUCUGUUGGAGGUCAUUCCACUGUAAUUUCUGAUGCCAAGGGUCAAGAUGGGAAAAUUCUGGCCGCUAAUGAUUUGGGAACUGAUGCUGCACGGUGCCUGGGUUUUAAGCAGCUCCCUUCCAAGGAUGAUGAUCCUCAUGUUCGUGAUGAAGAAGGUGAGGGGAGAUCCAUUUUGCAUGAUUGCCACAAUUCAGAUGUUUCACAGGAUGAUCCUGGUUGCAUAGAUGGUAGAGAUAAAAUUGAUGAGCUUCAAGCUGGUUAUGAUUCUCCUUACGAGGAUGGAGAAUUAAGGGGCUCAGUAUUAUACUCAUGGGAGGAAAAUGAACUUGAGGAUGGGGAGAAUGAAUGUCUUGACUAUGAAUCUGAUGGUAGAGUUGGUGAGGAUUCUGAUAUUGGUGAUAGUCCCAGCUCAAAAGUAGUUGAAGCUGGUUCUGAAGGUUCUCAAGGCAAAGAAAAGAAUGGUUUAUUGGGUGCAGAGUCUCAAGAAACUGAUUCCAGGAGGAGUACUUCAGUGAAAAGUUCUUCAAGGGGAGAAUCAAAGGAGAUUAGAGAGAAGAUUGAGACUGCAGGCAAAAAAGUGUCCAAUCAAGGAUCUGGAACUACAGAAGAACUUUCUACAGAUGUGAUUGUGGAAAGAAAUUAUGGUAGUAGACGGGGUCGCACUUCUGAUCACAUGGAUGGGCUUGACGUCAAAGGAUCAUAUGCAGGAGUUGGGUCAAAGACAACCAGGGGGAAGUUGCAAUCACGUAUUGAAGGGCCUUCAACAUUGGAUGCAAUGGAGAGGGACAAUGCUUAUACACUGCAGGGGAGAUCCCGGAACAGUGGAAGUUCAUAUUCACGAGAAAACAGGGAUGGCUGUCCUGAUAGAUAUGUGACAAGGUACAGACCUGCUGUUCAGGAACGUGAACGAAAUGGAGGGAAUAAUCAGUUGGUCUACUGGGACUCAAGAAGCCGUUAUCCGUCUAGUUAUCGUGGUCAUGAAGGUCAGGUACCAAACAGGCAGAGGAGUUCUAUUAAUGAUCCUGUUGAUAAGUUUGGUGGAGUGAAUUCCCAUGAUCACAAGCAAUCUAUGAAUUAUUCUUCACGAACUGAGAGGGAUAGCAGUCCUGAUAGAUUUGCAACGAGGUACAGAUCAGCUGUUCACGAACGUGAAAGAAUUGGAGGGGAUGGUCAUUUGUUUUACUGGGAGUCCAGAAGCCGUUAUCCGUCUAGUUAUCGUGGACCUGAGGGUCAAGGGCAGCCCAGGCCAAGAAGUGUGAUUGCUGACUCUGUUGACAAAUUUGGUGGAUUAGAUCCCCACGAUCACAAGCAGUCUGUGAACUAUUCUUCAAAAAGCAUGCAGAGGCCGCUUGGUUGGAGAAGAUCACCAGUUGACAGGGAUGAAUACCCUGGUAGCCAGAGGAGAGUGGCAGCAUUCAGCAGCAACAGAAACAGGGGAGGUUCCAGAAAUUUCACUGACGGUGUUGGUAGAGGCCCACGGGGGGAAUAUCACCAACCCAUGGAUAAUGAUGCUGCAUCUUCAGUUCGCAUGCCACAUUAUUUAUCCUGGAAAGAGCGGGGCUUUUUUGCCCCAUCCACUAAAGGUGUUCAUGCAUCUGUACCCCGCAGGGAUUCACGAUCAAGAUCCAGAACACGCUCUCCCCGUGCAUGGCACCCACAGAGGGAGCGUAACCUGGGUGCAAGACGUCAUAGUAGGUCACCAGAUUUCAGGUCUGAAGCUAGAAUGGAUAGAAUGAGGGCUCCAUUUCAGAAGCCCAAUUUUGCAGCUGAUUAUGGAGAGAGUUUCAUGUCCCCGCCUAGAGGCCGCUUUUCACCGCAGCGUAAUUUUAGGGGCCUUGAUGAUCGGAAUUUUGUAGAUAGCCAUUUGAGGCAUCGUAGAUCACCAUUGAAUGUGUUUAGACAGAGCCAAAGAUUGGAAUCUAUUGGUUUAUCUGGACGCUUGAAGUCAGAUGAUUCAUUUAGACCCAUGAUGCGGCCUGGACGAUUUCCUCAUACGGCUGGUCUUGGUAGGGGAUGUAAGUUGGAGGAGAAUGAUGAUGAUAAGAGACACGAUGACAGGUCUGGGAUGAUGCAUUGAGGGUACAAUUCUGACUCUAUUGGCAUUUUGAGGAAUUAAGUUAACAUGUGCUACAACAGAUAAUUUGGACGCUGGAAACUCUAAUAAUGAGCAUAAUGUCCGAAGUACUGACCGAAGGUAAUGUACCUAGGCGUGUUAAAGGGGGAUGUCGUUAAGUUAUAACAAUGCUCAGGUUUAUGUUUACGGCCUGUCUCCGGGCUGGUGUAUUUGGCCAUCACCGGGUAGAGAAUGAACAUGGCGUGUCGCGAACUGCCUUGUUCCUCUUUGGGUGAAGGCUGCUAGUUAGAAAUUCAAUUCCUUUGAAUGCGUUUUUUCCUUUUCCUCCCUCCCCUUCUUUUUUCCUCUCUUUCGUGGAGGAAAUUUGAAAAAUCUGAUUUCGCUGAUGGGUUGAAGUGCUCGGCUCUCCUUGUUUGAUUAAUGCGCUGGGGCCUUGGUAUUUUUUGCUUGUCAGGGCCCACCAACUCUCUCUCUCUCUCUCUCUGGAGAUUGUAAUGGGAGGUAGGAUAUGAAUGUUUGAUUUUUUUUUUUUAAUAUAUAUUAAGCCUGUGGAAGUUUCUAGGGGCGGC